UUUAAAUAAAAUAUUUAAUUUUGUUUCUCGAAACUGUUUUACUUGCCGCGCACGAUUACGUCAAUUUGAAUUGCGAUUAACUUCAUUGAGUUAAAUCGCCGUGUCACAAAGAUCUUUUGUUGCUUUUUCGAGACGUAUCGUGUGUUAAGUUAGUUAAUUUAUCAUUAGCGUAUAUAGUAACGCGCGAUACGUCGCUUAUAAUACGUUCACAUUUUUCUGGUGGUUUUUAAAUUUCUGUAAGAUAAUUUACGAAAGGGGAGUUUCUUAUCAUAGUCAAGAAAUGCGCGAAAAAUGGCACAUUUAUGUGUAUACAUAAUAAAAUGAGCAAUAUAUUAUGCAAACGCAUUGUGCGCGUGGUAACGUUAUUUGAACAGAAAAUGAUCCGUGAACUUCGCAUGACUUUGACAGCAGAAUGACAUUUCGAAAGGCGGUGCUUUCGAAUUAUCGCUCGUUGUUAUCAACACUCGCUCGUCGUUUGAGAAACUCGACGAUCAGUUGAAACACGUUUUUGGAUGGGCAAUUUACACACGAAAAGAAAUUAUCGCAAUCAUCAGAAGUAUGACAGCCAGUACAGCCUCAGCGACUUGCUCAGCAGAAGCUGCAUUACAACAGCACAGCAGUCUUCUAGUGAAACACAGCAAAGAUUGUGGUCCCGUGCUUCUCACAAAAAUUGGAGCAAAAGUGCAACACAAGACAUUCAUGGGUCAUCCAAAACAUUAUGGCCAGUUCCACGUUUCCAGUCAAUGUUUCUACCCGAGUUUCCGUUUAAGGAGCCACCUCUGAAAACAGGAUACAUGUUUUUGGAUGUGAUAGCUAAAGGAGCUUAUGGAAAAGUAUACAAAAUACAAAAGCAGGAUACCAGUCAACUUUUUGCACUGAAAGUCAUUAGAAAAGCUGUGAUUGUGGCGGAAAAUGCUGUAAUGCAAGCUAAACAGGAGGUAGCAAUACAGAGAAUGGUUGGACAUCAUCCUUUCAUAGUAAACUCCAUUCACAGAUGGCAAGGCAGGAAGACAUUGUACAUAUUGAUGGAUUAUAUUCCUGGAGGAGAAUUAUUUUCACUAGUCGACAAGUAUGGUUGUUUACCUGAAGAAGUAGUUAGAAUAUAUGUGGCAGAAAUUGCCUUAGCUAUAGAUUUUCUACACCACGCUGGUAUAGUGCACAGAGAUUUGAAGACAACAAAUGUUCUUCUGGACGCAAAAGGUCAUGCUGUGUUAAUUGAUUUUGGUUUAGCUAAAUGGUUAAACUUCUCGGAAAGAACAAACACAAUAUGUGGAACACGUCAGUAUAUGGCACCUGAGAUUUUAAGAAAGGAAUAUUACAGACACGAGGUUGAUUGGUGGUCAUUAGGCGUUUUGGCGUGCUUCUUACUCACAAAUGAGUAUCCGUCUACGGUGUCGUCCGAGGUCGUGCCCGACGAGGACGAUUUAAAUAUCGCUGAUUCACCAGGAAACCUGCCGGCGAGUGCUAACCUCUCAGUGGCGGCGAGGGAUCUUCUGGAACGUCUCUUACAACCGGAACCUCGUUUGAGGAUUCGAUCUGUUCUAGGCCUUCAGCGAAUUGCUUUUUACAUGGGCUACGAUCUUCAAAGUUACAUGUUGAAAAAGGAAUCUCCAUUCCAGAUCUUGGGAUUGAAAAAUCUGCAACAACUACAACAACAAGAAACAAAAACCUGGAAGAGCUUUGACCACGACUUUCCAAACUUCGAGUCGUUCCCUGGUGACAGAACCGCGCGAUCGAGCCAUCAAUGAUCUCAUAUGUUAUAUGACGAUACGGUAUAGUAUCGUCUUUAAUAUUUCCCAAGUACACGUUCUAAAAUGGCAACGCGUCGUAGAAAAAGAUUUUUAAAGAAAACGAAAUUUUUAUUUAAAAUCGAUCUUUUAUAUAUGAAUGUUAAUUGAAUUUAUAUCUCGACGAAUACAUAAUUUUGGCCAAAUUUUAUACUAUCUACAAAACAGAUUUACUUGUAAAAUGAUUUAUAGUGCAAUUUAAUUUAGCAUAUCGACUCUCUCAGGAAAACACUUUUAUGUGCACACAAUAAUGUUUGAUCGAAUGACGUCUGUGAAUAAAAACAUUUAUUUUAUCGA